UUGAUUAACUCAAAGCACCAAGCCUUGACGCGCAUGUCGAGUAUUACAAGCAGAAAGCUCUUCAAGUUCCAGCGUGCUUCUUGAUUUUAUUUAUUUAUCACCUGAACGAGCUCAUGUAUAGCCAGUCUCGUGUUGUAUGUGAACGGAUGAAGUCAGCUAUAUACAGUAAUUCAUUAUCAUGGACAUUUUAGAGGAAUAUAUUGUUGCUAACGACUUUGGUAUGGCGUACGUCGCAACGGAAAAUGGCGACAUUCAGGUGGAUACUAAGGUAAACAACGUCGCAGACAAACGAAGGAAGCUCGUUAUACAUUUUGACAUUCGCAAUACUGUGUUGGUUUCGGACUCUGUCACAAAUGUAACGAUGGAGCAGGCCCUGAACAGUUUUCUGACAGGCGUUGUGUGGGGACAAGAACCUUCAAAGGGUACAUGGGUUUGGGAAUCCUACGAAACCUCUCUCACACCGCCUUCUCCUGGUGCUAUUACCUACUACAAACACAUGGAGAGAAUCCUAGUUAAAACACCUACGGACAGAAGGAAUCUUAGAUUGGUAACAGGAGAUUUUACUCAAACGAUCGGGCAGGCAUUCCGGCCUUAUUUCUGCUCAACAUUGGACGCUUUGAGGUGGAAACACCCUCCGAGUCCUGAACAUGAAGGAAUGACAAUGGCCGGGAAAGAUGGUAAGCCCUACCACUACCUCCUCAAAUCUGUUUACAGGCUUAUAUACCAUCUUGUAGAGAACAAUCGUGAUUUUGCUAUUGUAUUCCGUACAUACGGCCUAGACGCCCCUAACGUCAUUACAAGUCUCGCUAAAGGUCUUCAAGGAGAUCACCCGGACUUUCCAAUCCAAGAUCUCGGAUUAAAAGUAACUUUCCCACCUGGAUCUGUUUUCCGUAAAAGCGACGAUUCAUGUGUGUUCCAAACCGUGGAAAUUGAGAAUGGUCGUGAAACUCCUGAAAGGUCAGAGGUCACAGGGGAACGUGCAAUUUACAAUAUGCUCAGUAGCAAGGAGGGUAUUUCAGGGUAUAAAGACGAUUUCAUUUACUGGCAAAGCAACGACUACAGCCACGAGGCGGCCAAACCACUAUAUGUGGAUCCAUACGAUGAGAAUGUCCAUCAUAUUUUCUUUGACGACAACAUUCGAACAUUAGAAGAUGAUAGCAUUGUCAAUGUCCGGCUGUUUGAAACCAAAGGAUGUGAAAAGGCUAAAAGUUUGUCAAAGACGGAUGCUGCGAAAUUCGAGAACGUUUGUUUGGUACAGGCCGAUCUGUUAAUGGCUAUUCAGGACGAUGACUAUUACGUCAAGUCGGUCGAGCAGUGCGAGAAAAACUACUCUAAUUUCGUUAAUAGGUACAAAUCGGACGGAUGACCUUUGUUUACCUAACAGAGGAAUGGACGAUUUGGUCAAUGUAGCUACAAAACGCAGAAAGAGACGAUUUGGGCCCAACGCCUCCAAAUCAGGUGACUUCUAGUUUAUACCGGAGAGAAUAAAAGGUGCGAUUUGGAACAUUCAUGGAGAGCAGACUCUAAAGUAUGUGAUAAUACAAUCCAUCUUUUUUGGAAUGUUGAACAGUGAUAACUAACACAGAGAUAUAGGAACAGAGAUGUAGGAAAUGUGUACUAAUGCUUGUAACACGGAUAUUACGUGUCGUGUAACACGGAUACUAUGUGUCGUGUAACACGGAUACUACGUGUCGUGUAACACGGAUACUACCUGUCGUGUAACACGGAUACUACGUGUCGUGUAAUACGGAUACUAUGUGCCGUGUAACACGGAUACUGUAUGUCGUGUAACACGGAUACUUUGUGUCGUGUAACACGGAUACUACCUGUUGUGUAACACGGAUACUGCCUGUCGUGUAACACGGAUACUUUAUGUCGUGUAACACGGAUACUACGUGCCGGGUAACACGGAUACUAUGUGCCAUGUAACACAGAUACUAUGUGCCGUGUAACACGGAUACUACGUGUCGUGUAACACGGAUACUACGUGCCGGGUAACACGGAUACUACGUGUCGUGUAACACGGAUACUACGUGCCGGGUAACACGGAUACUACGUGUCGUGUAACACGGAUACUACGUGCCGGGUUACUCGGAUACUACGUGCCGUGUAACACGGAUACUACGUGCCGUGUAACACGGAUACUACGUGCCGGGUAACACGGAUACUAUGUGCCGUGUAACUCGGAUACUACGUGCCGUGUAACACGGAGACUACGUGUCGUGUAACACGGAUACUACGUGCCGUGUAACUCGGAUACCACGUGCGAUGACGUAGGGAGAAGAAAGGAAUUUUGUGACUUUCGUUGUAUUUCUUUUGUUCUUGUAGUUGCUUUCAAAUGUUUUAAUUCACACUUAAUACUAGUACCUUUUCUAUGGCAAUUAAAAGGAGGAAUAAGUUUUGUGAUGUAACGACGUGGAACAAUGAAGCAUUUUUUUUUUUUACAUUUUAACUUUUUAUAGACCACCGUGGAAUUUAUUAGAUCAAAAUCAUUAUUGUUCAUUCGAAAACCGGACUGUCUUUGGCAUUAAUUCACUUACUUACUUUCCGAUGGGAUAUAUAACGAUGAUUUCUAAUGGAAACGACCCGUGUGUUUAUUGGAAACAGGUGUUGUGACAACCCUUGCAAUGUUUUGCUUUAAUAUUAGAAAUGUGGAUUAUUAAAGACCACCGAUCGACGCGAUUGUUAUGAACCAUCGCCUUCAGGCUAGAUCACAGACUAUCAACAUUAAUAUAACAGAACUGGCAGGUCGUGUUAAUACACCGGCAGAUACUAUUGAACAAGGGUCAUUUAAUUGACGGCCUCACGUGCAUCCAAGGCCCUGCUCACACGAUGAAUUACUGUAAUUUGAGUAAUUUGUAACUGAAGGGUAAAUUAUAUCAUAACCAGUGUAGCUGUAUAGUGUUGUAGAGACAUCUAUUAUCACCCUUGCGGUCAAUCAAAGUAUGCCAGCGUCGUUCGCUGUCUACGUAAAUCAGCUGUGUUCAGGGAUCGUGUUUCGUGCUAUUCUGGUGCAAUGCGCAUUUGUUUUUGCUAUUUUGUGGAAUAUAGAUACAUAUUUUUCUUUAUUUUCACGUGAAAAUGAAUUUUUGGUUGUAAGUGAAAUGUAAGUAUGUGAUAGAGAUUAUUUCAUGGAAAGCAAUAUAUUAUGUGAUCAGUUUGAAUGUUUGUAAUUAUAACUGGGCUAAUAUCCCCUUCUGAUCAGGGUUUAAAUCCUUCGGCCCUGACCUUAGGAUUUCGAUACAAUUACUGACCUCAUAGUUCGCAAGGUUAAUAGGUACACUGUAUGUAUAUCUUCUAUGACCUUUUAUGAUACUCAUUAUAUAAUCUUUUAUAUAUUGAUAAGUUAACAUCCAGCGAUAAUAAAACAUCCUGUCAUGAUAAUUUAGUUAGUUCUUCGGAGGUCAUUAAAAGGGACGUAAAGAUCAUAUUAAUUCUCUAUUAAAGGAAAAUGGACGUGCACCGCUGGCGAUCGAAUCUGCAUCUAGUCAGAUCGCUGACGCAUCACGAGACUGGCCUCGCUACUUUUCGAUUUUUGUUUAACAAAAAUAUUAGAUUAGUUAUUAAGUCUUUCUCUCAUGUAUUUUCUCUGUUUUAAUUUUAGAAAUCAAACCUUAAUUGUGGUAUUUUAAUUAUUUUGAACUUUUAUAAUGCGAGGUUUUAUCUGGUAGAUGUUUUACUAUGGUAUUCUUAUCAUGGCAUGGAUGACUGUUUGCUACUCAGGAUCCUCAACAUAUUUUGAACCAUUAAACACCUCCAAGUGAUUUUUUUCAGAAACAAUGAC